CCCAGGCGGCGGCGGCGGCGGCGGCGGCGAUGGAGGAGGAGGCGGCGGCGGCGGCGGCGGGCGAGCGGGACCCCGGCCGCGGCCGGAGCAUCCGGCUGAAGCCGCUGGCGGGCGGCGACGCGGGGGUGCCGGAGGGCGCCAAGACCAGCACCAACGGGGACUGCCGGCGCUUCCGCGGCAGCCUGUCGUCGCUGGCCGGCCGCCACCCGCACGACGCGGCCGAGGAGACGCGGCUCAUCGGCGGCGAGGGCGAAGCGGCGUCGCCCGGCGAGGACCGGAGCCCCCCCGGCAGCGGGGCGCCCUCGCCGCCCGCCUCCCCCCCGGGGCAGCCCCAGCCCCAGCCCCAGCCGCGCUCCUCCACCUCCACCUCCACCUCCAUCAAGGUGGAGGGCGGCGGCGACCAGAUCAGCCCGGACGAGGAGCAGAGGCUGGGCCAGGCCGGCUUCAUGCAGAGGCAGUUCGGGGCCAUGCUCCAGCCGGGGGUCAACAAAUUCUCCUUGAGGAUGUUUGGCAGCCAGAAGGCCGUGGAGCGGGAGCAGGAAAGGGUCAAGUCGGCCGGCUUCUGGAUCAUCCACCCCUACAGCGACUUCAGGUUUUAUUGGGACUUGACCAUGCUGCUUCUAAUGGUGGGGAACCUGAUCAUCAUCCCUGUGGGCAUCACCUUCUUCAAGGAUGAGAACACCACCCCAUGGAUUGUCUUCAAUGUGGUCUCGGACACCUUCUUCCUCAUUGACCUGGUCCUCAACUUUCGGACCGGCAUCGUGGUGGAGGACAAUACAGAGAUCAUUCUGGACCCACAGAGGAUUAAGAUGAAGUACCUGAAGAGCUGGUUUGUGGUGGAUUUUAUCUCCUCCAUCCCAGUGGACUACAUCUUCCUGAUAGUGGAGACCCGGAUUGACUCGGAGGUUUACAAGACGGCUCGGGCCCUGCGCAUUGUGCGCUUCACCAAAAUCCUCAGCCUCCUGCGCCUGCUGCGCCUCUCCAGGCUCAUCCGCUACAUCCACCAGUGGGAGGAGAUCUUCCACAUGACCUAUGACCUGGCGAGCGCGGUGGUGCGGAUCGUCAACCUCAUCGGCAUGAUGCUGCUGCUGUGUCAUUGGGACGGCUGCCUCCAGUUCCUGGUGCCCAUGCUGCAGGACUUCCCUGACGACUGCUGGGUGUCCCUCAACCGCAUGGUGAAUGACUCCUGGGGGAAGCAGUACUCAUAUGCACUGUUCAAGGCGAUGAGUCACAUGCUCUGCAUUGGGUACGGACAGCAGGCUCCUGUUGGUAUGUCAGACGUGUGGCUUACUAUGCUGAGCAUGAUCGUUGGUGCCACCUGCUAUGCCAUGUUCAUCGGCCAUGCCACAGCCCUCAUCCAGUCUCUGGACUCCUCACGGCGACAGUACCAGGAGAAGUACAAGCAAGUGGAGCAGUACAUGUCCUUCCACAAGCUCCCGGCAGACAUGCGCCAGCGGAUCCAUGACUACUAUGAACACCGCUACCAGGGCAAGAUGUUUGAUGAGGAAAGCAUCCUCGGCGAGCUGAGUGAGCCCCUCCGGGAGGAAAUCAUAAAUUUCAAUUGCCGGAAGCUGGUGGCCUCCAUGCCUCUGUUUGCCAACGCGGAUCCCAACUUUGUGACGUCCAUGCUGACGAAGCUGCGUUUCGAGGUCUUUCAGCCAGGGGACUACAUCAUCCGGGAGGGCACCAUCGGCAAGAAGAUGUACUUCAUUCAGCACGGGGUGGUGAGUGUGCUCACCAAGGGCAACAAGGAGACCAAGCUGGCAGACGGCUCCUACUUUGGAGAAAUCUGCCUGUUGACCCGAGGCCGGCGUACAGCAAGUGUGCGAGCAGACACCUACUGCCGGCUUUACUCACUCUCGGUGGACAACUUCAAUGAGGUGCUGGAGGAAUAUCCCAUGAUGAGAAGGGCUUUUGAAACAGUGGCACUGGACAGGCUGGAUAGAAUUGGAAAGAAAAAUUCUAUCCUGCUGCACAAAGUCCAGCACGACCUUAACUCCGGUGUCUUCAACUACCAGGAGAACGAGAUCAUCCAGCAGAUUGUGCAGCAUGACAGGGAGAUGGCACACUGCGCUCACAAUGUCCAGGCAGCCGCUGCUGCCGCCGCUGCUGCAGCCUCCACACCCACCCCCGUCAUCUGGACUCCGCUGAUCCAGGCACCCCUGCAAGCCGCAGCUGCCACCACCUCUGUAGCAAUAGCUCUCACCCACCAUCCGCGCCUCCCGACAGCCAUCUUUCGUCCACCAGUGUCUGUCUUGGGUUCCUUGGGCCAGCAGUCCAGCCAGACUCCGAGACAGCUGAAAAGGCUUCAGUCUUUGAUCCCAUCAACUGGGCCUUCUGCAGUAGGUUCUCCAUCCAGCACGCCAUCCCAGCUGCACACUCCAGGAGCCGAAACCCCUUCGUCAUCUUCCUUCCACAUCCAGCAGCUGGCGGGAUUCUCGGCCUCUGCCGGCUUGGGCCAGUUCCAUCAGUCCUCGAUGGGCUCCCCUCCCACUGGCUCAGGCCAACAGCAUUUGAGUGGCGCGGCGUCCGCGGGACUGAGCCAGUUUCAGCAGGCAUCUUCGGGGUCUCCCUUGGGGACAGCUCAGCAGAUGCAGCAGACGCAGCCCCUUUCUGGUGGCACCGUGCCUGGUGGAUUCGGCCAGUUCCAGCAGGCUGCCACUAGCUCCCCAACAACUUCAUUCACCCAGCUCUCAUCCAGUUCACCCACGAAUCUCCUCAACCAGUUCCAGCCCUCUCCCAGGCCACCACAGGUGGGACAGUUACAGCAGCUCGCAGGAAGUGGGACUCUGGGAGGAAUGAACCACUUUCAGCCUCCUCCUUCCUCCAGUUCUCCAUCCUCUAGCUUAAGCCAACUGGCACAAACCUCUGAAGGAUCCCCUUCAGCACCGUGCCAAAUACAACCAAGUGCAUUAGGAUCACUAACUGGAACGAUAGCCCAGAUGCAUCAAGAAAGGCCACCUUUUGCCUCCAUGUCACCAUUACAGCAGUCUGGUGUAGCCUCCCCUUGUUACACCCCUUCAGGCCUUAGUCCUCCUACCCAGAGCCCCGUGGCAGCAAGAACUUUUCAGUGUGGCCCUGCUGGGGCCUCAGGCUCUCAUGGAUCUCUGCGCAUGCCUCAGACCUCCAGUCCUCCUCCACACGUCCUUCAGCCCAAGAGCACUUCAUCUUUGCCACCAGGACGCCUAAGCCAGGACAUCAAGUUGAUUUCUGCUUCCCAGCCAUCUUUGCCCCAAGAAUUGGCUCAAACCCUGAGCCAAAGCUCUCCUCACUCCUCCAGAGAAUCUGUUUCUAGCUUCUCACCUUUCCCUGGUGGAGGGGCUGGACUUCUUGGGAAGCCUUGUAGCUCAAUUCCAGGGCGCAUGACUUUGCCACGGCAGAUGUCCUCAGGUUCUUUGCCGCACCCGCUAGUGUUUGGGACCAGUGCUGCUGUCGCUCCCUCCCUGACUGGUGGCGGGAGGAAAGAAUCGCUCGUGCUCACGGGGGAGCUAGAACCUGUCAGAUCUAAACUACCCUCCAAUUUGUGAGGACUUCUCAAAGCUGUUGAUGUCACUUGUGCAAUUCAGCUUCUGAUUAGACUCUCAUGAGUCACUUUUUUUCCUUUCCUUUUUUUUGGUUUUUUUUGUUUGUUUGUUUGUUUGUUUUUUCCCUUUCCCUUCCUUUCUUUAGGUUUAACUGUGAUUAGAGAUAAAGCAAACAAAAAAGAACAAAAAAAAAGAUAACCAGGUAUUCUUAGAGCUAUAGAUUUUUGGUCACUUGAUUUUAUAGAAUAUUUUAAUACACGGAGCAUAAGAACAAUGAGGAAAUUUAAUCCAAUGAGGUAACACCUACAAAAAGUGUGCGCCUGAGCUAGAACUUGCGAACGACCAGCCAUAGAGCCACCAAAAGGCUUUCCAGUUGAAACAUAGAUCCCAGGUUGAUGUGGGCAGUGAGAAGGCAGAAUGAACCAGGUCCUUAGCUGGUUAGUGGGGAAUUGCUCCACUAGAAGUCAACAGAGCUCCGAUGACAUGCACCAGCUGGAGAUUUGGCCCGUGGGGCCUGCCUUUGUGGGAGCGUGGGUUGGGUCACAGUGCACAUCAAAUGGGUUUGGAUUCCUUCAAGGCUGCAGAGGAAGUAUAAGGGCAGGGGGUCAGCCGUGCCAAUGCAGUCACCUUUAGGGAUGUAGGGAGGGUCGGGCUUUUUCUUUUCUAUUCUUGGACUCCUUCCGAAACAUCUGACAACCUAGCUAGGGAUGUACUUUCACUUCCAACAGCGCUGCUGCUCCAAACCUCUGGCUUUCCCAUUCCACUAAUGCAAAAGCCAAUCCCUGGAAAAUCUCCAUGGAGUAGCAUCAUGUCCCUUCCCCCCCCCCCCCCACACACACACAUACAUACUUCUAAAGGCACCAGCUACCUAUGGGAGGGAGAAUCUCAUCCCACCAGCCACUACAAGAGUGUGCAAUGUCAUGCAUGGCCAACAGACCACAAGCAUUGUGGCUACCCCACAGCCAAUAACAAGUAGCAGGACACAACUCUUGCAGCCAUGCUCUUGGCCUGCAGACCGUGCCCAUGGCUCUUCAGGUGCAUUCCAGCUGAAGGAAGUCAGAGCAAAAGAAGGAGAGAGGAAAGGGGAGGCCUGUUAACCUCCCCAUCCUGUGGCCACCUGCUUUGAAGCACCAGAGCACCAAGUAGGAGGGUACUUGGAAGGUAGGAUGCAGUCCCCCUCCACCCUGCUACCCCCUUAGCUCAGGGGAUCCUGACCAUUGUGGCACUCAGGAUUACACAGAUGCCCUGCCAGGAGCCUGAAGGAUCCAACUGAUUUGCAACUAAUUUUAUAUCAUUUAAAUACACACACAACACGCACACACACACACACACACACACACAAACAAACACGAACACACACGUACGCUUCUGCAAUAGAGGAACAGAAAUCAUUUGCUUAAUUUCACCAGCAAUAACAGCCUGCAGCCGAUCGGCUUCAGUUCUGCCCUGCACGAGGGCAGCACCGUCAGACAUGUUUGGCCCCGGCAGGAUCCUGGGGCUGUGUUUUGGGCUCCCUGGAUUUCAGGCAGUCAAGGUGGGGGGGAGGAGGAUGGGGUGCCACUGGGUGUGCCUGGCACUGAGAAGCCACCGCCCCUUCCUCAAGAACAAAUCACCGCCCCCACACCCACUCCCACUCUCACCCCCUCCUUUUUCCCUUUCCUUGGCCUUUCUUUCUCUUUCUUUAACCAGUAGGUGUUUCUGGCCACUUCACUGUACAGAGCCUGGUGCUCAACCCUUUUCUGUCGCAGCCCCCACCUCCCUCUACCCCCGUCUGUCCCCAACUCCUUCCAGCACUCCCAGGAACAGUGAGAGAACGCAGGACAUCCAGCAUCAGUGCCAAAACAACAGCAAUGACCACAGUAAUAAGGGUCCUUCUGCCUUUCCCUGCCCUUCCCCCUCCCCAGAGCACUGGCUGACUAUUGAUUUUUAUACCGAAUCAUUUGCAAAACUCUUGACAUGUGCCUGUAUCUUGAAUGUUGCUGCAAGCGUAACCGGGCACUCCUGCUUCAUUGUGCUUUGGUGGCUCGGAAUAAAGAUGUAAUCAGCUUCGGUCUUCCUUAAAGGGUCAAGGGAACUCUAGAAAUAUUUUCUACUAACUAAAUACAGCUAUAUCUAUAUGUGUGUAUAUAGGUGUAUAUGUAUAUAUAAUAAUAUACACAGCUAUACACAUAUAUAAUAUACACAUAUAUAAUAUAUACAUAUAUAAAUAUAUCCUAGUUUUAAAAUACAUGUCAGUUUUGACUCUCCUGUAGGGGCACUUGGCAGGCAAUGACUAUAGUGUAUAGACCCUACUUUCCAAAAUAUGUACAGGAUCAUCCACCCAUCUUGAGACAAAGGCCCAUUUGAAAACAGGAACCAACUGAUGGAGGAGGGGGGAAGCAGACCAUCACAACCCCCUGCCCUCAAGGAUGUAAGACAAGACCUCGAAGAAACAUUCAGAAGAUCUUUUUUAAACUUUUUUUUCUCCUUCUAGCCACAUGCUGGACAGACUGACGAUCAUCUGGAGAGAUUGGGAUGAGCUGUCUGGGGCUGGAGAAGGGCAAGAAAUGGGUGGGAAAGGUCUCCUGCAGACCAGCCACAGCAAGCUUUUGUGGAGGAACAUGCAGCGACUGCUGUUUGGUACUUGAAUUUCCACCGAAACCUACAGAUGCUCAGACAUGCAGAGAGGCACAGAUGCACCCUGAAGUCUGUCGCUAGGGGGCUUGUGUCCAUCCACCAGUUUGGUGAACAUUUUCCAUUUCGUUGGGUUCCUUCCUUUUGAUUUCCUAGGGGAUAUUGUUUGCUUUCCGAUUCUUAGCAGUGCGGUAGCAAAUAUUGAGUUACUCUGACUGGACCGCAGUCAACAAUAGGCUUGUCUCAGUAGUUGGAACUAUAACUAAUUUUUCCUUUUUUUUGUGAGGGGUGGGGAGAGCUGUAGGAGUGGGGUUUGGAAUAUGAA